GGUCAACAGAGCAUGGGGGAGAGCUCAUCACCUGGGGCAAGUCCUGGCCUGCUCCACAGCUCAGCACCACACAGGGCUGCCUGUCACUCUGGAAGGGUCAAGGACACUGAGGUUGGGAGCUGCCAGUCUGUUGGGCCCCCUCCCGGCCCUGACCUCCACUCCUGUAAGUAGCAGACGGGGGUGGGAGGAGGUGCUGCUCACACGCUCUGGGCCAGGAUCAGUGUUGGCUGGGCCUCUCAGGAAGUCCCGCACAGUGUUCUAGACAUUGAUGUGCAGUCACCUUUUGGGGAGAUCUGUGAGCUUAUCCUGCUGGGAGCUCCCAGCAUUUGGGGGUCAACAAAAGCCUCUGCUUUGAACACCCAUGGAAGGACAGCGCCCUGCAGACAUGUUGAUGUCCGUCAGUUACUACCCGUACUUCAUCCCAUGUCACCGUAACUGGAUUUGGUGGGUGGGAUCGAGGACGAUUGAAAUAGUCCCAGGCUGUCCUGGAUCCACAUUUCUCCCAUGAGGGUGUCCUGCGAUACGCUUCAGCCAACAGGACCAGGGGUCUGCUGGGUUCCUCCAGGAAGGGGUUCGUUCUCUCAUGAUGACAGGCAGGGAGAGCUUGGCACCCUGCCUCUUCCAGCCUUAAGUACAUCUGGAUGGGGAUGCGCUGUCCGGAGCUGCAGCAGUCGUUUUACAACUAGGAGUUGGUGACCUUCAAAAUAGAGCCAGUGUUCUAGAGAUAGCAAGGUAGAGCGAGGCUGGGCCCAGACCAGGGUGAAAGCUUCCUUCUGGGCCUGCUGUCCCGAGAGAUGAUUAAAUCAUCAGUGUUCAGCCAAACUGCUCGGGUUUAGGUCAUUACUUGAAGCUCUGAGUUUCCGUGGAGAUGAGAAGACAGCCAGCUCUCUCACAUCUAAACAUCUGCUCUAGAGGCUUGCUCUGCCCCCCAGGGUCCAGGCAAGGGUGAAUGGGCUCCUCCCAGCCGCCUGCUGCCCGUGGUCAGAUUGCUAAUGGGUUAUGCACUCUAUCAAGUCGCACUCUACCUCAGGGUAGCACAGACACCACAGGGUGAGCAAACAGGGUGUUCCUCUCUCCGAGUCCAGAGACCUCAUCAUGACCCAGCUGUCGGCCAGGCCACGAGCCAGGAGGAGCAGGCUGCACGCCCCACAUGGCCGCUCGUGGGGCUGUCUCCUGGCUGGCCCCCAGGGUGGGGGAGCUCCGUGAAGGAAGCGGGGCCUUGGCCUUCUGGUCAGGCCGUGACCCCCACCUCCUGGUGUGGCCAUGGUCGGACACUGUAUCUCACUGGACUCUGCAGUGAGGGGCUGUGUCCACACCAGCUCCCCCCCCCAUGAAGCUCACUGGUGCAUCAAACGCUCACGUGUUGCGGGCCAAGUGUGUGCCUGGCACUGUUCUUGGUGCUGGGGACCCCACAACUGGGCUCCUGUUCUCACAGCCUCACAUGUGGGUCCAGCCCGCCGUCUCAGGUUGGUACGUGCUCUGAGGGGACAGUUGUGUCCACCACCUAUCUCCUGGCCAUUCCUCAGUUUCUCCCAGGGGCACUAGAGAUCGAGUUGAUACCAUUGGCCUUAAGAUUAUCUGUGAUUUCAUUUAGACGUUUCCCUCAUAACCAUAACUAAUCACAAAGUUGAGAGUCUCCGUCCCAUGAAGUCCCCAACGGGCACAUCAGAACCAGAUGGGGAGUCUCGAGGCCUCACCCGGAAGAGGACUGGUUGCCUGCCAGAGGCUGUCCAGUUCUCAUGCUCUUUGAAGUCUCAGGCGGGGGGAGCAUGUCCUUCUCAAAGGCCUCUUUAUGGAGCUGGAGAUGCUGACUUCCCUGCGAUGUGCUGACAGAAGCAGGGGGCAAGGCAGCAGACUCGCAGUUGGGGCCCCCAGAGGUGGAAGGUGGUCCUUGGUGAGGGACGGCUGCAGUGUGAGUCCUGGGACCCGUGUGGCAGGGACAGAGCUGGGGCCUCACGGCCGCGGGCCUGCACAGCCCCUCGCUGCUGCUGGGACCACCCUCACUGGCCGUGGCACCACCCUGUGGUCCUGGGAGGCCCUGCUCCCUUCAGGGUUCUCCAUGAGGAGGAGAGAAUGGGAGGUGUGAAGUCCUAGGGCGGGGAGCUCGGCGUGUGGGCCCGUCCUGUGCCCAGUGCCUGUGGGGUGUGGGGCUGUCUUCUCGUGUUCUCCGUGGGGAGGCGGGGGCUGGGGUCCUCGAGCCCUGCCAGCAGCAGGCCAACAGGUCCACCCCCACGUGUCGCCUUGUGCAAACACGUGGCCUAUGUCCACCAAAAGAUGGGGCCAGAACACCCAGCAGGUACUGUUUGUAACAAGACGGGAGAUGCCCAGUGGGGUCUGUGCAUUAGACUGCUACUCACAGCCACGAGGAUGUCAGGGAGUGGCUCCCAGGGCAGGCGGACGCCCUGGCUGUUCUGGGGCAAGUAACGUUUUUGUGAUUGGUCUGGGUGCUGCCUUCCUGGCUGUGUUUAGGUUGGUGCAUCCACGAACCCGCAGGUUUACAGCUUGUGUACUCUCACGUAUGCUGGUCUUCAAUAAAAAGCACAAUCGAAAGGGGGAGCAGCUUGCCAGUGGGUGAGGCAGAUGGAAGGGGUGGUUAAUAUUUGUAAGUGGGCACGAACGUGUGAUGACACGUGGGCCGCCUGGCACUCGGGUGGGGGAGAGAAAGUGGGCUUGAACAGGAGUGUCACAGGUAACACUCAACACUGAGACCCCCCCCUCCCAGCUCCCUCCCAGCCCUGCUGCCACCACUGAACAAGGCCCUUACCUUUCUCGUUGCCUCAGGUUGUCUCCCCUGUCCGCAAACCAUUCUGUUCUCCUCCCACCUCUGCUCUCUAGAGGAGGAACUGGAGUCUUCAGCGGGAAAGUGCUGGGAGCACCCUGGAGCGAGGCCAUUCUUGGCCGAGCACCAUGUGGCUGGAGACAGAGGUCUGCCCUUGAAGUGGUUUCUCUGUAGAGGAAGUGGGGGCUGUCAGCUCUGUCCCUGCCCCUCCCCCCACGGAGGAUGAGGCAGAGCAAGAGCCUGGUGUGACCGGGAUGCCCUCCCACAGGGCUCCAUGAGGGGGCUGGGCGUCCUAGGGGGCAGAGGCUGCCCUUAGCGAGCAUCUAACAUGGGGUAGGGAGCUAGGGGUUCAGGCUGGGGGUGCAUGGUCAACAGCCAACGACUGUUUCCAAGGCAGAGUGGCAUCAGGUGGGUGGCCAGAGAUCAGAGACGGCUCCAAGGAGGAGGUGGUGUUUGCAGGGGGCCUGGAGCAGAUUUAGAGGAGGCCCCCACACGGCAGACCCUGGGAGUGGGGCCAGGCUGGGAGCGCUGGUUGGCUGAACACAGGUGAGAGGGGAGACGCCCUGCUGAGCCUGAGUCAGGUGUCCUUGGGGCCAGGGCAGCCCUGGCUGUUGUUUGUGCUGCCCAGAGGAAGGCCGGCUGGGGUGCCGUGCGGGGUGCUCUCUGAUCGUGCGUCCAGGGUGCACGCCCAUCAUGUGGCCACCCUCAGGAGGAGGGGCUCCGGGGACUUUAAAGCUUCAUUCUUCCUGGGACCUCAGCCCACCCCAGGCCUGGAGACGCAGGCGGCCUGGCCAGCCACGAGGCUGCAAGCGGCAUAGAAAUGCGUGUCUGGACCUGAGCAACGGCAUCUCUCCGGAAGAGGUGCGGAGCCUGGGGCUGGUGAGCGUGGUGGAGAACGUGCUGGUGGUGGCCGCCAUCGCCAAGAACCGCAACCUGCACUCGCCCAUGUAUUACUUCAUCUGCUGCCUGGCUGUGUCCGACCUGCUGGUGAGCGUGAGCAAUGUGCUGGAGACAGCGGUCAUGCUGCUGCUGGAGGCCGGCGCCCUGGACGCCCGGGCGGCCGUGGUGCAGCAGCUGGACGACGUCAUAGACGUGCUCGUCUGCAGUGCGAUGGUGUCCAGUCUCUGCUUCCUGGGCGCCAUCGCCGUGGACCGCUACGUCUCCAUCUUCUACGCACUGCGGUACCACAGCAUCGUCACACUGCCCCGCGCCUGCUGGGCCAUCUCCACGAUCUGGGUGGCGAGCGUCCUCUCCAGCACGCUCUUCAUUGCCUACUACAACCACACAGCCGUGCUGCUUUGUCUCGUCGGCUUCUUUGUAGCCAUGCUGGUGCUCAUGGCCGUGCUGUAUGUCCACAUGCUCGCCCGGGCCUGCCAGCAUGCCCGAGGCAUUACCCGGCUCCAUAGGAGGCAGCGCCCUGCCCACCAGGGCUUCGGCCUCAAGGGCGCCGCCACGCUCACCAUCCUGCUGGGCAUUUUCUUUCUCUGCUGGGGCCCCUUCUUCCUGCACCUGUCACUCAUGGUCCUCUGCCCUCAACACCCCGCCUGUGGCUGCGUCUUCAAGAACUUCAACCUCUUCCUCACCCUCAUCAUCUGCAACUCCAUCGUUGACCCCCUCAUCUACGCCUUCCGCAGCCAGGAGCUCCGAAAGACCCUCCAAGAGGUAGUGCUGUGCUCCUGGUGAGGCUGCAGGCUCGAGGCCACGGUGCUGGGCAGAGGGAGCUGGUGAUGCCAUGUGGCCUGUGGAGCAGGGCAGUCGCUUGCCAAAAGGGACAGACGAGAUGAUCUCCGGAGGUGUGGAUGCAUGGACCCUCUGGGGCCGGAGAAGGGAAGAAGCACCCAUCUCCAGGAGUUGCCGUGGAGGGUGCGGGAGGCUGGGGAGAUGCUGGGGCCACAGGCACGAGGGGCAGGUGCCGGGCUUCUGGGCAGCAUCUCUGCCCACUCCUGGAGAGCUACGCCUCCACCCAGGGCCCUGGCAAGCUGUGCACACACCCACCUCUGCUGCCGGGUCUGGGGAUUUGUGCCCCUGCCUGUUGGGAUGUGAAGUCUCUGUGUUAGGAGCGUGACAAGUACAGCUCCCUAGGAGGGCCUCAGGAAGAGGAGCUUUGUGACCAGCAAGACCUGGCCUUCCAGGACCGCUCCAGGAAGCAGUGAGCUUCUGUUUCAGGCAGAGGGACCACGUCUCCUGGGGCUACGGUGGAGGGGGGCGCUGGUCUAAGGCUCAGUGGUGACCAGAGAGCUGGGGGCCCAUCCGUGUGUGCAGCACGUACCCGGCAGACAGGGCCAGCCAGUGCCUGCCCGGGCCGGCGCAGAGGCUGUCGGCCGGAAUCAGAGGCCGGCAUCCAGGGUGUCAGGGCUGGGAAGCAUUCUGGUAAUAAAUGCUGUGCUUGGUGCAGA